AUUGACUCUCCCGCGCUAAGUUCUUUGGCAGUCGCCAUGUUGCCAAAAUGGACGCCUAUAUUCGCGCAUGCGUGCUGUUCACAUUAUGUGUCAGCUGGGUUCACAUAAGGGCGUACAACAUCCGGAACCAUCCAUGCUGUUUGGAACCCAACGAGAACUUGACUCUUGCUAUGAUCAUAGAUGCGUUUGAGAUUUAUGGCCACGAUCCCACUGACAAACUGGACAAUUUGUGGCUAUACCAGAACGAAAUGAUGCGUAUCAAGACCGCUGAAGACCAGUACACAAUUAACGAGCGAGUACAUAUAGCUACGGACCAUCUUGCUCGAUUCAUAAAACUACAUAUUCAGGAAUUAAAGGUGCUCCUCAUAACGCUGGAUGACGUGAUAGACAAUAUGCUGACUAUGUACGAGAACCAUAACUCGGUAGCGGCUGAAAGGAAAGCCACAUACACCGGAGGGCCUGUCCCUAUGGAAUUUUACAUGAGCCAAGAGUUCUACUGCGGCAAAAACGUAUACAUCUUCAUGUCAGAAUUAUACAGCGACAUUUAUAAUAUGGGCCGUGGCAUUGCGCCUUACUGCAAGGACCGCUCAUUCGUGUUUCUCGGAUUCCUGCACUUCCACGACGAACAGAAGUACUACCUCGUCGACGACCCAAGCAUAUCGUUCCCAACUGAUAAUUAUCUGCACGGUCUGGAAUGUCAUAUGGGUAUAUGCAUAUUUAGAUUCCCCUUCAAAAAAAUUUUACAUCGAACUAGAGACGUGACUACACUACCUAAAGCAAUCGUUAAGUGUGGUCUAGUGAUGUACAAACUACCGCCUCUAACCGCCGCCUCCUGUAUCAUCGCUUCGGGUUCCUUUAUCCUGGACUUCAACAUACAAGGAUUGCGGUACAGGCACCAUGAUUACUUACUAACAACACCUAACGGGCAGACAUACUACACAAAGGAGCCCCACACGCCGCUGGUGUGUGACCACCAUGUCUGCGAAUGGAACUAUACCAACCAUUAUGGUGGUCCGUUCUUAAUACCCGGUGAUCCUGGCACCGGUAUAGACCCUGUACCGCCGUACAUAGAAUCCACUCCGAAGCCGGAGGAACCUGAUGAGGAAGACAACAUCACUGUACCAUAUAUAUUGGACGGAUGCCUGUUUAUGUACCCACCGAAUUACGGGUCCAUAGCAGGGAAAAGUUAUCUCGACUCUGUGGACCUCCACAACGACAGGUUCACGUGUAAUGCGGCGGGUGGAAACAAGGGACUUUACUGGUAUCCGCAAUGGAUGGGCGCAAUGCCCCAUCAUCCGUAUUCCUCGUUGGUGAACCAGAAGAACAACUUCGAACCGCCCGGCGCAUUCUAUCCUCAUCAAAAAGAAUACGACGAUGAACAGGGCAAUGAAUAAUUUUAAUUAUAAUAAAUUAUAAUGAAUAUA